GCCGAUACCAUACAACGAAAGAAAAAAAAAUAGUCUUUUGACUUCACAAAUUCGGAUCGUUUCUGCUUCGCCUUUUCGGAACCCAAACUGAAUCUGAUUUAAAUCUUCAGAAAUCUUUGCGAUCUUCUCACCAAAUCAUGAGUAAAGCACAUCCACCAGAACUCAAGAAGUUCAUGGACAAGAGAUUGUCAUUGAAGCUGAAUGGCAACCGUAGAGUGACUGGAGUUCUUCGAGGGUUUGACCCUUUCAUGAACCUUGUAAUUGAUGAAGCAACAGAAGAUAUUUCGGCUACACAGAAAAAUGACAUCGGCAUGGUGGUGGUGAGAGGAAAUAGCAUCAUCCUUCUUGAAGCCCUGGACAGAGUAUUAUAGCAAUAGCCAUCUAGUCAUGACCAUUCAUCAGUUCUAAUGCCUUGUAUCUAUUGUGAAAGCUGGAGAAGAAAUCACCUGGACACUCAAUAACUUUUACACAAUCAACAGAAGUGGUAGAAUCAUCAUAUCAAUAUUGUCAAGCUCCGAAAUGCUUGAUUUACAGAGUGAUCAUCUCAUAAAUAAUCAUGUAAUUUUUCUUUUCAAAAUUAUGAAAAAAGAUAUCACAACAUAAGUCCAACUGUAAAUAAUCCUGUAAAUAUAUUUGUGUCUUGUUGGAAGAUGUAAUUUUUAUAAAGAUUUUUGUUGAAGGGGGAGGGGUGGCGGUCAGCGAGGGGUCAACCUCAGUACAAUUUGGAUUGUGGAAAUAAUGAAGAAAACCACAAGUAUUUGUAUCAUUCCUUUAGAGAAUAUGCCCAAUUUUCACUUUCUGAAUUUACAUGCUAGUGGGUAAUUUUCCUAUUUUUUUUCAUGCAAUGCAAAUAUGCAGUUAUACUCUUUCAGAUGUUAAUGGUUUCUGCAUGCAAAUCAAUAAAAACAUUGUUUGAAUUUAUUUAUCUGACCAGAAAAUGAUGGUAAAUCAUACAGUGAAUGUAUUCUGUGAAAUUCCCAGUAAGUCGGGGUAUAGAGUAUUUUUAUUAAUAAGUCUCGGUGAUUCAUGUUCUGUAUCAGAUCAGUUUCUGAAUCAUUCAUGUGCACAAACCUUCAUCAAAGGUGUGUUUUGGGGAUCAUCUAAAGGGGUUAUUGUACUAAACGGCUGUUACUGGAUUUGUAUUUUCAUUGUGUUCAAUAAAUCCUGCUUGUACAUUUUCUCAAAGAAAUGUUCUUCACUGUGAAUUCUUUGUAUCUGGAAAUUGGGGAAAGGUUUACGACUGCUGUCUGUAAAAUGUUGCCACAGUUAGACACCUUUGCUUCUAAGCCAAUCAAAGUCAAGAAAAUUUGUCAGAUCGGACAACUUUCAUGUAAGUUUCAUCAAUUCUGAUUGGAUAAGAAACACAAGUGUCUGACAUAUUCUUUCACGAAUCGCUCCCCUGACCACUUGGCAGAUGACAAAUGUUGGUCAAAUGCAUCUUGGGGGAU